UCAGUUCCCAAAUCCCAUGAAGAAAUAAUAAUAAUAACACCCCAAUAGAAUAGAAGAUAGGAUAAGUCAGUAGGGAAGAGCCCUUUGUGGUUGUGGUUGUGGUUGUGGGUAGGUGCUGCUGCUGCUUCCAUUCCUAUUCUUACAGUGAAGGUUCAAUGGAAGGGACAAUGCAGCUUGCAUACGAGACUGUUGUGAAGCUCAUGCUGGCUGCACUCGAACGCAACGUGCUCCCUGACGUCAUCACCAGGAGACUCACGCGCUUGCUGUUGGCUACUCGCCUUCGCUCUGCUUACAAACCCUCCUCCCAACUUCAACUCUCCGAUCUCCUCUACUUCGCGCAUUCAUUACAAGAGAUGCCCAUAGCAAUCAACACUGACAAGCCUAAGUCUCAACAUUAUGAAUUACCAACCGCUUUCUUCAAGCUCGUCCUCGGAAACAAUCUCAAAUACAGCUGUUGUUAUUUCUCUUCUGCCUCAAUGACGCUGGAUGAUGCUGAAGAAGCAAUGUUGAAACUGUACUGUGAGAGAUCAAACCUGAAAGAUGGUCAUACAGUGCUUGAUGUGGGAUGCGGUUGGGGAUCGUUGGCUCUAUACAUUGCCAAGAAUUACACUAACUGUAGGGUUACAGGAAUCUGCAAUUCCACAACUCAAAAGGCUUAUAUUGAGGAGAAGUGUAGGGAUCUUCAGCUGCAAAAUUUGAAUAUUAUAGUUGCUGAUAUUAGCACAUUUGAAAUGGAGACUUCUUAUGACAGAAUAUUUUCCAUAGAAAUGUUUGAGCAUAUGAAGAACUAUAAAGAUCUUCUGAAGAAGAUAUCCAAAUGGAUGAAAGAGGAUAGCCUUUUAUUUGUUCAUUACUUCUGCCACAAAGCAUUUGCCUACCACUUUGAGGACAAAAAUGAAGAUGACUGGAUUACAAGAUACUUCUUUACUGGAGGAACUAUGCCUUCGGCAAAUCUACUUCUUUAUUUCCAAGAUGAUGUUACUGUCACCAACCAUUGGCUAGUAAAUGGGAAACACUACGCACAGACCAGUGAAGAAUGGCUCAAAAGAAUGGACCAGAGAAUGACUUUCAUCAAGCCAAUUAUGCAAUCAACAUACGGCAAGGACUCAGCUACCAAGUGGACUGCUUAUUGGAGAACAUUCUUCAUAGCUGUAGCAGAACUUUUUGGAUACAAUAACGGUGAAGAAUGGAUGGUUGCACACUUCCUUUUCAAAAAGAAAUAAAUAAGCCGAAACCUAGUCUUUUUAUUUGACUAUUUGAGAACGGCCUUAGGACAAAAAAGCUGCUACACGAGGUUGCACCCUUCAAUAAUGUUGUAUACUUUUAUUAGUUAACUUGUUUUAGUUGGUUGCUUGUCUUUAUUUUUCCCUGUUGUAAUGGUGUUGCCACUCCAACCUUAUUUUAUCUUAAAUUUUGGGAAAGCCCAAUUCAACCCUCGGAACUUAGGGUCAUGCACGAUUGCAUGUGUUCUCUAGUCCAUAAAUUUUAAAAUGUGCACUUAAGAGCCUUUGUAACGAAAAUGGUUAUGCUCAA